UCCCAAGUGUCAGAUUGAGUUUAGUGGAGACACAUGGGAAGUAACUGGCUUGUGCUCGGUUUCCAAAGUCCGCUCAAGGAGAGACAGAUAUGGCUGCUAUUUGUACCAGACUUCACAGGGAUCAUCUUCAGCUUUUAUAGGUAGCUUUACAAUGUCUACGACACCUGUAGCAGGGACUAACUAUUCCUCUGGUGACUGUAAGAUAAAGACUGCUCUUCCUCCUGAAGGAAAAUACGUCUACAGUGUCAUCAUUAUACCUGGUGAGGUACAGGUAUUAUUCAAUGGAAGCAACCAAAUUAGUCGUCCAUCUCAGUCUCCCCUACACAACUGCCCGCAAAACAUAACGGAGGAUGAUAACAUUGACUGUCUUUGCUACUCCGAGAACCUUGGAGCUCCGUCUGGUUCUCUUAUCUGGAAAGGAACCAACUCGUCAAGGUUGAAAAUCUACAAUGUAAACAGGACAUAUAGUGGGACAAGAAAUAUGUGUUACUUGAUGUGGAACAACAGUGUUGUACAAAACUCCAUCUACACAGUGACAGUCAACUAUGCAUCCAGAGUGCUGAGUUUUCAAAUUGACGGCAAGUCAGAAGACACUGUAAAUGUCAGAGAAAACACAAAUGUCUCAGUUGUUUGUCAAGCUGAGGGGAAACCAUUGCCCACCAUACGUCUGUUGAAAAAGAGCAGUAACAACCAAGAUCUUGAAAUAAGUGUAGCUUAUAGUGCACUGCAACUUCAACAUACGAUGACUACCGUUCAGUGUGAGGCAACAGCCAGUUACUCUUGUAAAUCAGAAAACGGUAUCUCUGAAGAUGAAAAAAAUCUGCGGCUAAUUGUUUCAUGUUUUCCGAAAAAGAUUAACAACGACUCUUAUGUUACGACGUUUGUGGAUGAGGAAGCCAGCCUGAUGAUAAAAAUGAUCGCCUUCCCUUCGCCUAACCUGCUAUCGAUAUUUCACAACGGAUCAGCAAAUGAUUCCAUCUCCCGCAAGGUGGAGCAUGAUGACACUGUUAGGUCUACAUGUUUAUCUGAUACUUCGUACAGUUCUAUGAUUACCUGCACGGUAAUCCUCCUAAACAAAACAGUUUAUGUCACUGGAUUUUACACCGUGACUUUCAGCAAUGGUCUUGGGAACAUUUCUUUCACUUUUGAAGUCAAAGAGAGAAUAUAUGACACAACACAAGCAACAGUAUCAAAAGCAGGAUCUAUCGCCGGUGGAGUUAUAGGUGCUGUCGUUUUCAUCGCGUUCAUUGUCGGUAUAGUCAUCUUUAUCAUCAUAAGAAAAAGAAAAAGAGACGAAAGAGGCUUACCAUCAAACCAAGCGUCGACCUCCAGAACGAGACCUGGAAAAAGGUUAGAAAAGUUGUAUGAUGAGCUACAGAGGGAGGACAUAAACACCCCUUCUACUUACCAAACACUAGGAGAACAGCAGACUUCAAGCGACUCUGCGGAUCAUGAAGGGAAGUCACAUGUGUAUGAAUCCCCCAUGGAACUACACGAGACAGCACGAGGAAAAUGUCAGAAGGAGGUAGUCUACCAGAACAGCGCAUUUUCCUAGACUGGUGCUUUUACACCUUUUGGUUUAUUGGUGUCAAAAUACAUUGUCUGCGACCGUUGAGCAGCAGCACUGGGAAAUUGACCUGAGUUUCACACAAGUGACAAUCAUAUUUUCUCUACUCUUCGAAGCAGACGAUUCCAUGCAAUGAACUUCCCGUAUUUUUACAAUCAACGGUAUUUAUUUUUUGCAGUGCAUUUUGUCUGCAAAUUUCUGUGUAUGUGUGUUCACACAAUGCAUUUCCUGUCUGACCUAAAAAGGUGUGCUCGGGUACCUGUGUGUAUGUAAAACUGAUU